CAACCCGAGAAACAUGCUGUGAUUGCUGCUAUUUUGAUUGACGACAGAGUGCGCCGUCAGAUUUCGGACGCCAUUCGAGGCAUUCUUGCAACUGCCGCCGACAUACGACGCACUACCGAACAGGAUCUCGUGCUUCGACAAGCUAUCUCCUAUGUGCAAACCAGUUGGCCCAUCUUUACUCUCACUGACGAUCUUCAUCAGCUCUUCCUGCGUCGAGCAUCGUUGUCUGUGGUGGAUUCCUGCUUCAUGUUUGCAGCCUGUGUGGUCAUUCCUCCUUCACUUCGACCUGUUGUGCUACGCCAGUUUUAUGCUACUCAACCUGGUACCAGUUGA